AUGGACAAAGAGGAGGCAAGAGACUUCUUGACCUCGCUUCUCAACAAGAACUUGCGCAUCUUGGCCACUGAUGGUCGCAUGUUCCUGGGGAUUUUCAAAUGCACCGACCCUGACCGAAAUGUCGUGUUAGCCCAUACAUACGAGUAUCGCCAACCGUCAGCGCAACAACGGGUGGAGGCAGCGAAGAAUGCCGCCGCAGGCACCGGGUCGGUUUCGAUGGAUAUGACUUCCCGUUACCUGGGUUUGGUUGUAGUACCUGGCCAAUACAUUGCAAAGAUCGAGGUGGAGGAGUUUUCUAGCCAACUACGAGGACACAACCCAUAUGCCGACGCAGCAGUUGUCUAG